AUGAACCUAUUCCUCGAUCAUAUCACUCCCUCCAAUCUCCUGCCCGCUUCCAUUCUCAUUGCUCUCGUUGUCAUACCUUUCUCUACCAUAUGCGUUGGUAUAUCCCUAAGGACAAAGAGUCGUCGCUUCCCAUUGCCCCCAGGUCCGAAGACAUCGUGGUUUGGGGGAGUUACAUCGCUCCCCACGUCCACACCAUGGCGCACAUAUGCUGAAUGGCGGCACGUAUAUGGUGACAUUAUAUAUAUCCAUGCUUUCGGAAAUCCCAUCAUCAUCUUGAAUUCAGCCCGAGCAGCAUUCGACCUACUCGAAAAACGAAGCGCGACGUAUUCUUCGAGACCAGUGCGAACCAUGGUUCAAGAGAUAAUGGGCUUUGAUUGGAUUUUUUCCGCAAUGCCGUAUGGGUCAUCUUGGCGGAAGCAUCGAACAUUGUUUCAAAAACAUUUUCAUGCUCAUUCAUCGCCACACUAUCAGCCCAUACAGUUGAAGGAAACGCAUGCGCUUCUUCGAAAUCUGAUUUAUCGGCCUGAUCGACUAGAACAUCACAUACGAAGAAGUGCGGUGGCUCCAGUGAUGCAAAUUUUGUAUGGACACGAUAUUCCAGAGGAAGGAGACAUCUACGUGACUCUCGCAGACCAGGCGAUGACAUCCUUCGGCAAGGCAGGUCUGUUUGGAACGUAUCUGGUCGACUACAUUCCUCUUCUCAAACAUGUUCCGAGUUGGUUUCCUGGAGCAUCCUUCAAGAAACAGUCAAGACAAUGGCGGCGAGCGUCACGGGCUAUGAUCGACCGCCCUUUUGACAUGGUCAGACAGCGCAUGGAGUCGGGAACUGCCAAACCCUGCUUUACAACGUCAGAACUCGACGAGUGGGUGAAGUCUGGGAGAGAUCCGGAGUAUGCACGGUUGAUCAAGGGCGUUGCAGGAACAUCUUAUGCUGCUGGUGUUGAUACGACUGUGUCUGCGAUUCUAUCGUUUUUCUUAGCAAUGAUGCUUCACCCGGAGAUCCAACAAAGAGCACAGCAAGAUAUAGACAGCGUGGUAGGAUCGGAUCGCCUCCCGCAAUUUUCUGAUCGAAAUGCCCUUCCAUAUCUGGACUUUAUUGUUGCUGAAUGCUUGCGAUGGAAUCCAGUUGGACCAUUGGGCGUUGCACAUUAUGUGACGGAAGACGACGUCUAUGAAGGAUACACAAUACCGAAAGGCACGACAGUGCUACCUAAUGUCUGGAGCAUUCUUCAUGAUGAGGCGACUUAUCCAGAUCCUAUGACAUUCAAGCCUGAGCGUUUUGAAGACCAACAUAAGAAUGUAGCGCUUGGUAUCAACCCUUUACCGGAAGUGGCCUUCGGGUUCGGACGACGGAUGUGUCCUGGCCGUUGGCUUGUCAACGAUACCAUCUGGAUCACGAUUGCGUCCGUGUUAGCGGUAUAUACGCUCCGCAAAGAAGUAAACGAGCACGGAAUUGUGAUCGAACCCGAUACAGAAUACACAACGGGUUUAGUGAGCCGACCAAAACCGUUCAAAUGUGUCAUCGUCCCGCGUUCAGAAUCUGCACUCACUCUCGUUCGACAAACAACGGAGGAGCCACAAUUCUGAAAUACUAGUAGUUUGCGCUAUGCCAUCAACAUCAAACAGGUCCGAAGAUUGUAAUGAUUGUAUUGACAAUGUCUGAAUACACAUAAUAAUUAUUAGCUGACUGGUG